CAACCACUUGAAUCCAGAAGUGAUCGUCAUGGGUAAACGACAUGGAAAGGAGGUGCCAGUCACCGUCUUACCUCGCAGGGCCCCCCCUCAAGCACUCGCCAAACCACCUGUACUUCCGGCGAGGCAAGCCAGGCCGAAGUCUCGGGUCGUGGAGAGGCGGGAGCGUCACCCUCCAGGCGCCCGCCUUUCAUCGCGGAAUGCAACCUACCAAGGCGACGACGGCAAAUCGGAUUCUGAGCAAGAGGAUGAAGACGAGGGUGGCGAUGAAGAGCGCGAAGAGGAAGACGACGAGGGCGAUGGCUAUGCUGAGGCUCUGAAGUUGUUCGAAUUCAGUGAAUCUGUCUCCGCAAGCGAAUCUGACGACCGCUCGGACAACAAUGAGGAGCCGUGGUCCGGUAACCCCAGCGAGGAGGACAAACUCGCACUUCUUCGCGAGUUCGUAUUCCAAGGCAACGACUGGUACAAGGGCCUACGUCGUGGCCGCCCUCAGAAUCGCGACAUGCGCUUCUGGGAGAAGGUCCUUCGAUCAUUGGGCAAGCCUCGGCCGUUCUCUACCUGGGCGCAAGCAGCUGCCACCUUCCGCCGCGUUAUUGGCCCCCGGCGAGCGAAGGCCAAUAACGGCACGCGGGCCAAGAAGCCUCUCGCCGGACCAGAAGGCGAGAAGGACCGACUGAUCGACAAGUGCAUCCAAAUAUGCAGCCAGCGUGACAUCUUGGAGGAUUUUGUCGGACGUGGAUAUAUCAAGCAAAGGUGCAUUCGUGAGAUUGUCCGCGACGGCUCUCUUGAGUGUAUUCUCAAGGGACUACUGGCUGAUCACUUUGGAGGUGCUCAUGCCGGCCAAGACCACAACCGCAGGAACGAGAGGGCAGAAGAUCGGGCGGCUGAGCAUGGAGACGGGACGGACGGCGAUGGGCCGACAUCGGAGUCUGGCGAGUCUGAUGCCGCCAACAAUUCCUCAGAAUGGGAGGAGCCGCGCGAUGGAUACCACACGCCGGCUUCAUCUCCGCCCCUCGUUCGAUCGGUCAGGGUCCAGCAUCGGUCAAAGAAACGGGGCCGAGAAGAGAACGAGACAGUGUCUGAAGAAGAGCCUUUGUCGAAGAGGAUUGCUGCUGGUUUUGCGAAGAUCAUACAGGAGUCCGAGAAGGCGGAUUUGGCCAUGCGCCGAAAGAGGGAAACUGAAAUUAUGGAGAAGGUCGAAGCCAUGAUGGCCGGGCUGGGCAAGGGAAAGGCACGGGAGAUGUAA